CUUCUUCUUCCACCUCUCCGCUUCCACCUUGUUCUUUGCUUUCCCCAUCUCCCUUUCCUUACUGAGCUUCCCCCACCCCAAGUGUGUCUGCUCUGCUCGCUGAAGGGCUUGAAUCAAUUUAUGCGCCCCGGCCAAGGUCCGGCGGGGGGCGGGUGUUGUGCGCGUUAGAGGUGCAGAUAUCUGCUUUUCAAGCGGAGCUGCAGCAGUAUGUAUGACGUGUGAACCAAGGGGCGGGCUUCUGGCAAGCAGCUUUUUUACGAGUAUUUACUACAAGAAGGUCUACUCCAGAAGAUUAACAUCCCCGCUCCUGUCAGUUUCCGAUGGCCAUGCCCGGCUAAAAACAACCCUUAAGAUAAUCAAAUACAAGCUCAGGUUUUCUGCUCGUUUGGCGAUCGUCAUUCGCCCUAAGGAAUGGCCGAACCUUUGGCGAAUGAGUUGGCGUCCGCAGCUGCCAGAGGGGACCUAGCGCAAGUUACUAAUUUGUUGGAAAAUAAUAUAAACGUCAAUGCACAAAAUGGAUUUGGGAGGACUGCGCUGCAGGUGGUGAAAUUGGGGAACCCGGAGAUCGCCAGGCAGUUGCUGCUGCGAGGUGCCGACCCGGAUCUGAAAGACCGCACCGGCUUCGCUGUCCUGCACGACGCGGCCCGUGCCGGCUUCCUCGACACGCUGCAGACUUUGCUGGAGUUCCAAGCGGACGUGAACGUGGAAGACAACGAGGGCAACCUGCCGCUGCACUUGGCCGCCCAAGAGGGCCACCUGGCCGUCGUGGCCUUCCUUCUGGAGCGCACGGCCAGCCGGGUGGAGCAUCGUAACAAGAAGGGGGCCACCGCCUACGACCUGGCGAAGCUCUACAAGAGGCAGGCCAUCGUCAAACUGCUGGAGAACAGCAGGCGGAGGGAGGGCGCCCUCAGCGGGGACUGAAACCCACCCCUUGGUCCGGACUCCAAAAUGCCUGCUUGUACACCUGUCGCCUCUCCUUUCCUCUCUUUCUCUCUUCAUCUUAAUCAAAGUAUACAAAUAGGUGGGGUCGGUCUUUUUUUCAAAUGCAGACAUGGGGGUGAUAUUUUUCCCUCCUGGGGGAAAAAAUCAUGCCAGUAGCAGCUUUUCACAGAUAUUAGCGAGAAACUGGGUGGGCUCUCGCCUUUCUUUUAUGAAUGCUUUUUCUUUUUUUUUAACUCGGUUUGCUUUUGCUGCUCACCUCACCCUUCAUUUAAGGGAGGCUGGGGGGAAAAUAUCUGUUUUUGUGCUUUCUGAUAACUUUCUUUUAAAAGAUCUAUAAAGGCUUACUGUGAUUUCCCAUCCCUGAACAUCAACUAGCCUAACAGAGGUUAACAUAAUAUGAAACAGUGCAUGAAGGAGUAUAUAUGUGAAAGACCUUUUGUGCCAGAAGGGGAAGUGGGAGGAAAAAAGAGACUUUUGGACAAUUGAAUCACAAACAUUUGAUGAGAUGGAUAAGCUAACAAAAGGUCUAUGGAACAUUCACUAAAAGCGCUUUCAUUGUUAUUUUUCUUCUAUUUUUAUUGUCAUGCCUUACCUCCUAAGCAUCUCUUUUUCUGAAGGAAGUUCUGCUGAAAUCUAGCUUUCUUCUAGUUAAACAUGUUUAGGACCAAAGGUUCAGUUGAUUCACUACGUGUAUCUGACCAGAGAAGAAAUCUCAAUUUGAAGUAGUUUGAAUAGCGAAGCUUCAAUAUAACAUAUAAUAAUAAAAAGAGUAAGAAGGAAUUUAUCAAGUCCAAAGUCACACAGUGUGGGAAUAUGAUAUCUUGGCUAUUUGCACAAACACAAGUUUAAGAUAAAAAAAAAGUAAUUUAUAAGAUUAGAUUGCAUUUAGUGACUUGAUCAGAUUUUGGGAAUGGUCUAGAAUUUUUUCAGAUUAAACUGCCAGAGUAGUACUAUUUACUCACAUUUGUUCCAGUAGAAUAAAUCCAGAAUAAGCAUUUAUUUCUGUGGUUAAGACUUAGGAUUUUUGAUCAAAGCCUCUUUUACAGAAUCCAUAAAUUUCUGUAUUACAGUGUAGUAUAGGCACUCAGAAGCAAAAAUGUGAAGUUGGAUUGUUUUAGGUUGCAGUUUUCUAUGUAUCUAUGUGGGAUUGAACUGAGUGAAGGGAGCUUAGUUCUGAGCAGAUGCGGCUGGAAUUGCAUUGUUACUUGGAAUUUGAGGAUUGCUGAGUAGAAAAGCUGACUAUUAAACAGAUGUAUUUUGCAUGGGAAUAAAUUACAAAAUAUAUAA